GGACGAAGUUGUUUCUCAGUGGUUGUUUUUUGGGAAUUUGUCGACGACCACUUCACAGCAGUGCGUCCGUAGCGGUGGAGGACGUUUAACUGCGAAGAAAACGGCAAAAAGUCUAAGAAGAGAUGCAGACGAGGAGCAUCGGUGAGCCACAGGCAGCAUACCGCAGACACCUAGCGAUCUGUCGCUGCGAGCAUAUUUUGCUCGACUGGUACGCGUUAACAGUUGGUUUCUCUCUGGAAAUCGACAGAAAAGGUCCUGGAAAAAGAGUCUCUCGAAAGACGUUUCUUGCUCGGACCGUCUCUAGAGUAAUAUGCGGUUGUGGCUUCCCGUUCAGGCCACAUUUGACACGGGAAAUCCGGGUUGUUGACGGUUGAGUCUCCGAGUCGCGACAGAUAGUCACACUCGGGAAGCUGAGGUUUCUCGACAGUUUUCUUUGUGUCGUCCAGGGAUGAAAGCCUUCAAUUUUUCCAAUUUCUCGUCUUCUGUCCGUUUUCUGCGAAAUGUCGUGGCUGGGACGGCUGUCGCCUGCGAGCGCGAUUGAGGAAGCACAAGGCCACAAAACUCUAGAUUUCCCAAAAGAAAUCCCGGAAUUUUCGAAGCGAAAGUCUGUCGCAGUCUUCUCGUCUGUUGUCUGUGGGCUUCGAGUUUUUUUCGCCGCGAAGUACCUUAGUUUUCUAACGUGCACAGCGAGGACUCUUUGAGGACACCUCGGCUGUAGCGCGCCGUCGGUCACCUCACUUUUCUGACUUACAUUUCAGGAAGCUCAUGCAGUCGUUUUUCGACAGGUGAACUUCUGUUCUGCUGCUUCGUUUGCUCGGCCUUGGAACACUGAACUUCCCCCUCGAAGGGGGGACCUCUUCCAGUGACUCUUAGUCCCCCGCCUUGAGUCCUCUCAGGGCUCGUACAAAAAGUAACACCAGCGAUUCUCUGUCGCCCGUCACCUGGUUCUAUGCGAUCCGGUUCCACUCUUUCUUCCUCUUAUAACCUGCAUUUCUUUCUGUGAUUUCCUCCCCGCGGCUCCUUCGCAAACCCACGUUUCAGCCUCAGUGAGUCUGGCAACUCGAGUGAGAUUCUCCCCCCCUCGAAGGAAACUUUCCCCGUCCCUCUAUGGCGUCCUGACUUCAACACAAGCGUUGUGUCCGCGGUACGGGUGAACAGGUUUCUCUCGAAAGAGACGGCGAAAAAACCAUGGGACCUAAACCCGAAGUUUAACUCGAAGUGGACCCAGAGGAAGCAAACGUUUUGCGUCUGUUUCUCCGCAUAGGGGAACUCGACUGAGGACUCGCGCCGCUCUCGAUGCGAUCCAGCACUUCGUGCGAACCCUAUAUGCUCCUCGACUUCCUGUGAGCGUCCCUCGGGAUUCUUCGAGGUGCAGCGCCUGCGCAAAACAGAAGCAGCCCGGAAGAAGUCCGCCUCCGCAGAUGCGCUCUCGCCAGGAGCGCGCGCCCAGACAGACGGCAGAACAAUGGAGACUCUGAAAUCUCUCGUUGCUUUUCUUGUCCUCCCGCUGUGUCCCGGACGGCAGCAGGCCGUCGAGGGCGUCGGAAGAUCCUCGCUGUCUCGUUGUGGCUUUACUGGCGAAAGUUCCAGCUUCUCCUCGAACUCGGGAGUGGACUCUUCGUCCUCUCCAUCUGGCCUGCGUGCACCGCGACCUCGCGCUAACGCAGGCGUCGGCCUUGUGGUGGGGGGUCUCGAGCCUUCUGUCGAGGUGGAUGCGGUGACAGACGACAGAGGGUGUCGCUGUCGUGUGAAUCCUGUGGGGACCAGAGCGCUGUCGAGUAUGACGUCUCGGCUGCUGUCGCUGGACGGAGUUGAGGGCUCGGUUUCGCGCCAUUCGUCUUCAUCCAGUUCUUCGUUCUGCGCGUGUCUGCUCUGUGCUCCUCCGGGCGGUUCUGGGGAAAGCUGUGUUUCCCCGCAGGAGAAGUGGAGGCGAGGUUCUUCUGCAGAAGGCGCCGCGUCAGCGUCGUCCGAAGCGUCAGGGCGGUCUGUCGAGGCCUCUCGAAACUACUUCCGCUCGUCGGGCGUUAAAUUGGUGCCGAAGGGCGCAAAGCCGUCGGGGAAAGUUCGAGAAAACAGAGGGAGACGCGAACCUGCCCCGGUGUACGCCGAGAGUGCAGACGCGCCUGGGCAGGAUGUGCACCGCAAGAGUCUCGGCCGGUCGUGCUCCACGGCGUUGACGUCUUCUGCGUCGUCUUCCUGGGUGCCUCUGGGCUCUGCAGAACGGCAGUUUCACUCAAACAACAGAACGAAGGCUGGGAGUUUCCGCGAUGCGCGCCCUCAGUGGAAAGGUGUGAACGAGUCUCCUUUGUUCUACGCCGCAACACUCGAGGCCGCUGCCUUGGACUGCUCUCUCCAAGGUCUCAACCCUGAACAGGAGCGCGUGAGGGCGCGCGUCCGCCUUCCGGACUUGGGCGCAGACUCCCUGGACUAUCCUCUUCCGCCUGCAAUUCUUUACCAGAGCCACGCAGCGGAGACGCUCGAUCCCGCUCUCGUCGGCCUCCAGCGUCCCGUCCUGCCCAAGAGAGACGUCGGUUUCGAGCAGCAAAGCAAAGAACGUCGCGAUCAGGCUCUGAAAAUCCCUCUCACUCCUCGAUCCGUCAUGGCGCUCCCACUCUCUGAGAGGAAGAAAUUCCUCUACAACAUGCUCUGCUGCUUCUGCGUCGAACUGUCGGACGGCGUCUCCUUCCGGCAGUUGACGGCUACUCGCGAAUAUGUACUUGCGCACUGUCGCCUGUCUCCCGAUUUGAAAAUUCUUCAAGUGGACAUCCGGAACGGGCGCGUUCUCGAGUUUCCGGUUGACCAAAUCCAAGCUGUAUAUACACUCUCUCGCAGGCAGACCCCGGUCCUGUCUGGCAGCGCAUGCACCCGAGGUAUGGAGCAGCCGGCGAAGAAUGAGGAGCAGACGAGUGACGGCAGAAACACGGAGAUUUCGUCUGCUGCGAAGCCGAGAAGAAACAGAGACAACGGCUGGAUGGAAGGCGAAGACUCCAGCGAGGAAGACGUACCCUCCCAUCAUGCAGACGACUGGGACAACAGUUCCAGUGGUCGGUCGGAGUGUAGAUCUUACAGCGAUGAGGAUGUUUGCUCGGCGGGCUGGAAAGCGAGUUUCCGGCGAUCGCUCGACAGCGCCUCUCUGACGAGUUCACAGAGCGUGGCCUCUUCAGCGCUUCCCUCGAAAGCAACGUUUCUGCCGCCUCUCGACUUGACACUGUUGACGCGACGCGACAGCCAACAGCGAGGUAGUCUUUGUGCCCCAGUGGUAGUGCCGUCGACCCCGACGUAUGCAAAAGUUCCCGCGAGCCGGAGAGACAGGUGGAUGGGGCAUGAAGAGCGGGAGGAACCUCCUCAGUUCAUCGUUGUCCUCGAUUUCGCCAGUCGGAAACUCGCGUUUGUCUUCGGCGACCGCGCGCAAGCCGGCACCUUUGAACUCGGCUUCGCUCUCCUUGCCAAGGCGAGCCACCAACAUCCGUUGUCGACGCUCGCGUCGAUCGCGGCAGCAGCCGACAACUUUCCGUACACUCCGCGAGCAGCUCGUGCGAUUCUCCACGCACUGGCCGGCACGAAAGACCCCGCAAGUGGCCUUGCGGAUCCCGGCGAGGUCACCAACUUCACGAGACCGGGGCGGACUGCAGACGGCUCAGGUGUACAUACAGGCGACGGCGACUGCGAGCGCGAAGCUAGUUCCGCAGACGACGCCGUGGCUUGGCUAACGGAUUCGCAAGCUGCGGCUGCGGUGGAAGCAGCUGCAGCGGCGUUGACCGCAGUCGAGGAUGUUUCUGUUCGAAACUGGGGAAAAACUCACGCUGUUAAAGAGAAUGAGGGAAGCGCAACGCAUGUAGAAUCGACGGGGGUCGACUCAAAAAACUAUCGAGGGGCACAGACAGCCGGACGCAGCGUCAAUGUCGACGGCGCGGUUGACGUUUCGGGAGGCGAGACAAACGGCGCCGGUGAACGAGAAGAGAAGUUCAUGUCCGGCCAGAAGGCGCCGGGAGAGGGAGGAGAGAGAAACGAUUUUGAGACAAGUAGCAAAGUAAAUGUUGACGGGAGUGCCGCGCAUUCACCAACAGGGAGAAAACCGUUGAGAGUCAUUUGCUCGGAUGGUCGGGAAGAAAUCAUGUCGCUGCGAACACGAGGAAAUAGUGAAGUGGCCGGUGAUGGCAUUGUCCAAGUCAGACACUGCAAGAAAGGGUAGUCACAAUUAGGCUUUGAGGCAAUCUGGGAGUGUUCAAAGGGACGCCAGAGAGUGAAAUCACGCAUACCGCUGGGCUCAGGAAUUUGCGGAGGCUUUUGAAAGAAUCGUUUGCUGUUGAGUCCGAGUGUGACUCAGAGAAAGGCACUUCUUUUUUACAAAGAUUUUGCCACUCCGUAAAAACCAAAGUGGAAAAUGCACGCUUUUGCGGGGACAGAUGUCUUUUUCCGGCCUGUUUCUGCUGUACAUGGGGAGAGUCGUAGAUUACCUCAUUUGGGGGGGGGGCGGUUUCAAGCGAAGGGAUAGGUGCGAAAGUCAAAAUGCUGCUGGUGGGAUGGUACAUGCAUACGCCACUGAAGGCUUUCCAGUUCAGGAAUUCCCUCCGUUCAGUUUCUACGGAGGCAGGAGCUGCGAACAUGCCUUUCUGCAGUUCAGCGAUUGUUAGGAAACAGCGAGAUUGGUAGAAGUCGCUAGCGAAGGAACGGUAACAUUUUCGGAAGGAGGCAAUAAUUUUUUCGAGGAGUCCGCCAGAGAGCUUGUCAAUGACUUCACCGAGUUCGUGGUCCCUUCUUUGUGGGAACGGAGUGACCAUGGAGGAGUGCAGAGGCUUUUUUUCAACGGAAAAUCAAUUUUGUGUACUGAGCGACUGCAGCUUGUCUGCCGUAAUGAUUCAAACGGCAACCUAAGUUUUUUCCGCACAUCGGCGAAG